AUGAUAAUGGAGGGGAGACAAGUGGGAAGAGAAGAAGAACUAGAGAAGAAGAAGAAGAAGAAGAAGAAGAAGAGAAGAAGAAGAAGAAGAGAAGAGAAGAGAAGAGAGGGAAUUGAUCAUAUCCUUCUCCUCCUCGAAUCGGGUGCUCGAUUGACAAGAGAAUCUCAUUACAUGCAUGAGCCCGAAACUCUGCCUGACCGACCCUCUGAUCACCGACCUUUCCGUAAAUCUCAAAAAUAUACCUUAUCCACCUUCUUUCCAGAGGCUCCGCGAGACCAAUUGGAACUUAUACUAACUACAAUGACACGUUUCUCACCACUCGUUCUUCGCAGAUACCUGCUUGGGGGCCAGAUCAAUUCAACAGGCUGUCUUCAUCAGAGAGCUAUUGGUGCUAGCCAUUUACCAUCAAUCAACCACCCCUCCAGAUCUCGGGCGAUACAAGAAUUACACACUGACACAGGAUCGACAUCUGCAUCUUCAUCCCCCACGAAUCACGGCAUCCAAAAUUCCUUCAAGGCAGUGCGCAAACAAUUGAAGGAUGAAGGAACAGGGCGAAAUACAGAAAAGUUACAAAGUCUCGACGAAUGGGAGUUGACGGUGGGAAUCGAAAUACAUGCACAAUUAAAUACCGAACGAAAACUUUUCUCCUACGCAGCCUCAACGAUUAACGAUACACCCAAUACACAUGUCGCAUAUUUUGAUGUCGCCUUACCGGGCUCAAUGCCAAUAUUCCAAAAGGAAACUCUCAUACCUGCGAUUCGAGGAGCAUUGGCUUUGAAUUGCAAUAUUCAAAGGACGAGUCGAUUUGAUCGCAAACAUUAUUUCCAUUGGGAUCAACCUGCGGGGUAUCAAAUCACUCAAUACCACGAACCAUUUGCAAAGGAUGGAUAUCUCAUGUUGUAUGCGCAUGAUGGAAUCGCAAAGGAAGAUGGAGAAGAAAUCCGGAUAGGAAUUAAACAAGUGCAAAUGGAACAAGAUACGGCGAAAACCAUCUCGCAACCUGGGGAUAUACAUUUGGUGGAUUUUAAUCGAGUUGGUUUACCAUUGAUUGAGAUCAUAUCACUACCGCAGAUACAUCAUCCUAGCACCGCAGCUGCAUUUGUCCGAAAGGUACAAAUGUUGUUGAACGCGGUUGAUGCUUGUGUUCUUGGUAUGCAAUCUGGUGGAUUGAGGGCAGAUGUUAAUGUUUCUGUGAGAAGGAGAACCAAAGAAGGAUUGGGUCAUGAAUAUGCUGGCGUUCAAGGACUAGGUCAAAGAACAGAGAUUAAGAAUUUGAGCAGUUUUAAAUCUAUUGAAGAUGCCAUUAUAGCCGAACGCGAUAGGCAGAUCUCGGUUCUCGAAGAAGGAGGGGCCAUUGAAGGAGAGACCAGAGGAUACGCAAUUGGAAGUACGGAGACACGAAGACUUCGAGGAAAAGAGGGAGAGGUGGAUUAUAGAUACAUGCCAGAUCCAGAUCUUGCCCCUGUGGUUAUCGAUGAGAAACUUACACAACAUCUCGGUGAUACACUCGGCAUCCUACCCGAUGCAGAAUUGGGAAUCCUACAAUCCCAGUACGGUAUCACGGUCAAAGAUGCCAUCGAUCUAGUGUCUUUGAAUGGUGGAGGACGAGUGGAAUAUUUUCGAAAUGUCGUGGAUGUUUUGACAUUAUUGAAACCCGAUCUGCAAACCAAAUUGGGGAAACUGGCCAGCAAUUGGGUUUUACAUGAGUUAGGGGCUCUGAUAUCGGAUUACGCAGAGGAGGAAAACCCAUUGAAAUUCACAAGUUCUGGAUCUUGCAUAAUCUCACAUUCUCACAUGGCUCAUCUCAUACAUUAUCUCGAUGACGGAAAAAUUACAGGGAAAACCGGCAAGAAAGUCUUGAAAAUUCUAUUCGAAAAUGGACAAAUGGGAAGAGAAAUAUCGGUCGAGGAUGUAAUCGAAAGUGAGAAAUUAUGGUUACGACAUAUGUCCAUGGAAGAAUAUGAGGAAUUGGCUAGGAAUACAUGUGCACAGGAUGGGAAAGUUGUAGAGGAGAUUCUAUUGGGGAAAGAGGGGAAGAUUAAUUUUCUGUUGGGGAAUAUGAUGAGGGGGGAUCGGGAGGGGAGAGUACAGCCGCAGCAGGCGAGAGAGGUUUUAAAGAGGAUUGUGGAGGCGAUUAGAAAUGGGAGGGGGGUUGGAGGUGAUGAAAAGUGUCAAUUAAUAGAUGAGUUGGUUGGUUGGUUGGUUGAUUGGUUGGUCAGGUUAGUUCUGGUCUGGUCUGGUCUGGUUGGAUCUGGUUGGAUCUGGUUAGAUCUGGUCUGGUUAGGUCAAAUCUGUUCUGGUCUGGUUAGUUCUGGUCUGGUCCGAUUAGAUGAGGUCAAAUCUGGUCUGGUCAGGCUAUUCAGAGAGGUGCAAUUUGGUGUUGGUCUUGAGGUUGAGGUUGGUUUUUGUCUUGAGGUUGAGAUUGAGGCUGAGGUUGGUUUUUGUCUUGAGGUUGAGAUUGAGGCUGAGGUUUGUCUUGGUCUUGGUGUUGGUCUUGGUCUUGGUCUUGGUCUUGGUCUUGGUGUUGGUCUUGGUCUUGGUCUUGGUCUUGGUCUUGGUCUUGGUCUUGGUCUUGGUCUUGGUCUUGGUCUUGGUCUUGGUCUUGGUCUUGGUCUUGGUCUUGGUCUUGGUCUUGGUCUUGGUCUUGGUCUCGGUCUUGGUCUCGGUCUUGCUCGCGCUCUGAGAGAUCCAAAUUGGUUCUGGUAUUGGUCUUAA